CGACACUAGUGAAAAAAACAUUACGACUCUUUUGGAGGCUCAUUCAAAAUGGAGUAAAGCUUACUGAAAUAUAACCAUACAUAUUUAUACUAAUCGUGUAUUUAUUAUUACACAAACAGGUUGUUUCUCAUUAGAAAUCAAGUAACUCCUGCAAAAUGACAGAAGAAAAGAAAACUGGCUCUUUGGGUUUCUUUUCGAGCUACGAUGAUCUGAGCGACAGCAGCGAUGGCAGCGACUCGGACGAGGAAGGGGAAAGUCGGAAGAAGAAGCCGGGGACAGAUGCUCAGAGCGGGGGAGCACAGUCCUCACAACACGGGACCAAACGAGCCGCCGGUGGAGUUCCCUUACCCAAACCUGAAGAGCUCUUCGGCUCCGUGUCCAAGCCUGCCUUCCUCUACAACCCGCUGAACAAGGAGAUAGACUGGGAGAGUCUGACGGUCAAAGCUCCAGAAGAGCCUGCCAGGGAGUUUAAGCCUUGGAAGACAAAUGCUGUACCCCCUCCUGAGACCUACUCUUCAGAGCCAGAGAGGAAGAAGGGACCUCCCCCAGGCAUGGACAUGGCUAUAAAGUGGUCCAAUGUGUACGAGGACAAUGGGGAAGAUGCACCGCAGCCUUUUGGUGGCAACGCCCGAUUCUUGCCCCCCGACGAGGAACUCUCUGAAUCAGAUGAGGAUUCAGACAAGCAAGGGCUGUCUGCCAAGAAACGUCGGGUGGAGACCUUUAAGCAGAAGGAGAAGAGGAAGAGGGACCAGGGACAAGCGACUUCUGACAAGAAUUUCGUAGAGGAGGAGAAAAGGAUCCUGAGGCAAAAUGAUGAUUGAGACCUGAACCCUCCUGCAACAAGCAAUCUGUUUCUAAUUUAAAUAUUUUAUGUCAGCCGAGACUGCUCACAGAUAUUAGCACAGUGCUCAAGUAGCUGGUAUGCUGCGAACAUAAGAAGUCAUUCUACCUUUGAUGUUGAUCAUUUUCAAAAUUAUCGUUUUUGUUUUGUUUUCAAAGCAAACCAAAAGCUAGAGUUCAUGACAGUCCCACUGUUUAAUUAUUUUAAAUCAAGAACUUCUGAUUAAUUUCUAAGGACUUUAUUCAGGUGUUUUACAGUGUGGAGGUUAUUUUCAUAGUUUUGUUCAUCAUACCUCAUUGUUUUUACCCACCAGCGCUUUUCAAAGACACUGGGAUGAGGGGUAUUUGAGACCCUUUACAAUGUGUACUAGGCAUUAUCUAACAACUGAUAGGACAUGUGUGAUCUCAGUAUGACAUCACCUUUGCUUUACUUCAAAAUAUGUAGUCUAGACAACAGGGUGAAUGAUACUUGUUUAAACCAGCCUGAUUGACCUUGUGUGAGUGUCCCUGGCAAAAAAAAAAAAGCUGGUGCAUACCAUAUUAUAAUAACCAUUAAUAAAGAAAGCCAAAACUACAACAAAUAAUUAAGGGUUGAGUCCAUAAAGGAAGCUAAAUGUGCUCAGUUGGCUUUGCCUCCUGUUUGCUUUUAUUUAAUGGGCUAAAAUGAGCUUUCGGCUGUGGUUGUUUACUUGGUCUGUGUUAUUCUUGUAUGAUGUGAAAUAUCUAAUCACCGCUGACAUAUGAAAUAUGUGUUUGUGUUGUGUUAAUACGUUGACUUUCCUUCAAAAAAUGUGAUUUAAAUGGCUGUAAAUCUGUUAAAGCGUUUUGAAAUGUUGCUUGUUCUUCCUGCUUAUGGGCACUAGAUGUCGCCCUUGAGCUAAUUUAGAAACCUCUCCCUUCCUGUUUGUACUGAAGUCUGCUGCACUCUUGACUGGGCGCAUUCAGCACCCAAAUCACAACCAGGGUCGGUUUUUACUGUUCAUCUGGAGGGGAUUUCUGAUCUUCAAUUUGGAAGUUAGUCUCAUCUCAGUUCUCUUGAGAUACUUGAUGCAUACAGACUGUUUAUUCCAGUAUGUACCUUGUAUUACACAACAUUUUACGUCCGUGUGAAAUGUAUCCUCUUGCAUGUUUAGUUUCAGAAGAUGUUUGAAACACUGUACUGUUAUAUGGACCUUUUGUUUCUGCCAACAGAUGUCUUAUUCUGUGUAAAAGGUUGUAUAUGGAUACUUUUAUAGUUUCUACUGCUCAUCAUAAACCACUUAGGCAAUAAAAAGUAUUUUACUCAA